AUUCACUGCUGUAGCCACACUGACUGUAAAUCAUAUGAAUAUGUUAUGCUGGAAUUGAAACAUGAGCAGUCCUGUACUAAUAUGGAAGAGCCUAGCUGCUCUAAAAGCAACUGCCUGCAUCCCCCUGUCACCCAUAAGUUGCUUCUGUGCAGAGAGUUGAAGAUCAGAAACUAAUGGAGGGUUACAGUUAAGAGAGCAAAAAAUAGUCGUCGAUGAACUUUCAAACCUCAAGGCGGGUCGGAAAGUAUACACACAGCAAGCUAACAGCAACAUCUUCUUUCUUGCUGAUCGCUCUCAGACCUUAAGUGAAUGCAAAAAAAAAUUGGAUGACAUGAUCCGUACUCAGCAAGAGCUUGAAGGUUCUAUACAAACUCCAGCUAAGGAAUAAUCUCUGACCUUCCCAAGAACCACAAUGUGCGGCAUUUGUUGCAUGGUUAGUUUUGCAGGUUGCUCUAUAGACAGAUCUUGUCUUCAGGAUAAUGAAAAUCUUAGACGCAGAGGUCCCAACAGCAGCCACCAGUUAAUUAGGCACAACCCAUCACAUGGGUACGAUUGUUAUUUCUCUGGACAUGUUUUACACCUAAGAGGACCACUGACACCUCAGCCUCUGGAAGACAAGAAUGGAAAUGUGUUUCUAUGGAACGGAGAGUUAUUUGGUGGAAUUGAAGUACAAUCUGCUGACAAUGACACUCAAAUAAUGUUUCAGCACCUCUCUUCAUGUGACGAUGAGUCCAACAUCUUUUCGCUCUUUGCUAAGGUCAAAGGUCCAUGGGCAUUUAUCUACUACCAGGCUAACCGUCACUAUUUAUGGUUUGGCAGAGAUUUUUUUGGUAGGAGGAGUCUUUUGUGGAAAUUUAGUGAUAAUCUAGACAAGGUUUUCUCUCUCAGCUCAGUAUCUGAGUGCAGUUCUGAACCAGACUCUGAUGAUUGGCAGGAAGUUCCAGCCUCUGGACUCUUCAAAUGUGACUUACAGUCUAGCGCUAAAUUAAAAUGUAUAGAAUUGACAUGGUAUCCCUGGAAAACUGCUCCAGAAAUUCCGCUAACAGAUGAAUCUCUGCUUGGACAAGAGCAAAGUCAGAUAUUAAAAUGUUCUUCGACUUUAGUUCAUAUUGUCCUUGGAGAAAGUAAAUGGUUGACUGCUCCAGUUACGCCGUUAAAUAAACAGAUUCCUGGAGAGAUAACAAAUUUGCAUAACACCGGUUCUCAAAACAAAACUGCUGUUGAACACCUUAGGAUGCUGAUCACAGACAGACACAAAACUAAUGCUCAGUCUCUUAUAAAAAUUCUAAGUGAAGCUGUAAAGAGAAGGGUUUUAUGUCUUCAGCGAGAAUGUAGUUUGAUGGCAGAUUCUGAAAAAAAUGCAAAUGUCGCAAUCCUGUUUUCCGGUGGUAUUGACUCAAUGAUUCUAGCUGUACUUGCAGAUCAUCAUGUCCCACCUGAAGAACCUAUUGAACUUCUCAAUGUUGCAUUCAUGAUGAAAGAGCAGAAACCCAGGAAGUUAAAAAAACGCGUACCUGAGUGUUCUUCGCAAACUGGAAACCUUGAACGUCCUACUGUGUAUUCUCAAUAUGAUGUUCCUGAUCGUAUCACUGGCAGGUCAGGUUUGGAAGAACUCAAAGCUUUAAACCCAUCAAGGACUUGGAAAUUCGUAGAGAUUAAUGUUACACUGCAAGAACUUCAAGAAAGGAGGCAACACCACAUUUGUACCUUAUUACGACCGCUCAGUACUGUUUUAGAUGAUAGCAUUGGCUGUGCUGUCUGGUUUGCUUCUAGAGGAAUAGGCAUGCUGGCAAGUAAUGAUGAGAUGAAGCCCUAUGUUAGCACGGCAAAGGUUGUGCUAACAGGGAUUGGUGCAGACGAGCAACUUGGUGGCUAUUCUCGUCACCGUGUAAGAUUUAAUAACCUUGGGUAUGAAGGGCUCCUGGAAGAACUUGCCAUGGAGCUGGAUCGAAUUGCUUACAGAAACCUUGGGCGGGAUGACCGUGUCAUUGGUGACCAUGGAAAAGAAGCAAGAUUUCCGUUCCUUGAUGAAGAUGUUGUUACAUUCCUGAACUCUCUUCCAGUGUGGGAAAAAACAGACUUGACCCUGCCACGGGGCAUUGGGGAGAAAUUAAUUUUGCGAAUUGCAGCCCUCGAGUUGGGGCUUAAUGUGUCUUCGGUUUUGCCCAAGAGAGCAAUGCAGUUUGGUUGCAGAAUAGCAAAAAUGGAAAACUGCAAUGAAAAGGCAUCAGAUGCAUGCAGCAGGCUUAUGGCAAGUUCAAAGGAUUGAUUUGACUUUUUAUGUUUUUUCCCCAUAAAAUCAAAACUUACAAAUUAAAAUAAAAACUGCCCAUGCAAA